AUAGUGUAGUAGUGACUUAGUGAGUGGGUUGGUGUCCUAAACAUUUGCCUGGAUCGUGUGGAUUUAGUUCAUUUUGUUUGCGAUUGCUGAAGUGUGUGGUAGUACCUCGAUGGUUCGGUAAACCCUUCGAAAAACUAAUAAACUUUAAGAAAAACAGACUUAAUUUUUAGUGUUCAUUUGAUAUAUAUUCGACUUUUUAUUAAAUAUUUGAUACGUUUAACAAUUCACUAUGGCAGAAGCUCAUUCUGCUGUUGCAUUUUCAUUUUCUAUCACUCACGAAGGAUGGGAUGUGAAUUUCGAUCGAGAGGUUUUACAUUUAGUUUGGCAAUCUGGUAUUCGAUCAUGGAAAAAACGUUUAGGCAGAUUUCAUAAUAGCGUACAUAAUGGAGUUUAUCCAGCUCAUUUAUGGAGUUUAUGGAUUACUAUGGGUAUAGUGAUGGCAGUCCAUUUCUCAGGUUAUAAAGUGCCUUAUGAUCUUGUCACAAAAGUUAUGCCAUUACUGCCGAGUGACUCAGUAUCGUGGCAGUUAAUCGGCUGUGCUAUUGUCGCUUUGGCAAUGUGGUUAACAGUGAUAUUUACAAUUCGAUACACCUUAAAACUAUUAUUAAUGUACAAAGGAUGGAUGUACGAAGCAAGAGGUGCUGGUAGAAAAAUAUCAUUAAAAACUAAAUUAUGGUUAGGUAUUGUUAAGGUAUUAUCUGGUUGGAAUACACCAAGAUUAUACAGCUUUCAAGGUUCUUUACCAAAAUUACCUCUACCAUCUGUACAUGAUACCACCAGACGUUAUUUAAGAAGUGUUCGACCAUUAGUUGAUGAUGAAAAUUACAAACGUUUAGAAAAUUUAGCACAAGAAUUCGAAAAUGGUAUUGGCAAAAAAUUACAACGUUAUUUAGUAUUAAAAUCAUGGUGGUCAAGUAAUUACGUAUCCGAUUGGUGGGAAGAAUACGUAUACCUAAGAGGACGAUCACCAUUAAUGAUUAACUCAAACUUCUAUGGAAUAGAUGCUGUAUUCAUGCAUCCAUCAACAAAUCAAGCAGCACGAGCUGCAUCUUUUAUAAAUUCAUGUUUAAACUAUCGACGAUUAAUUGAACGACAAGAGCUACAACCAAUUAUGAUCCAAGGAAUGGUACCAUUAUGCUCAUGGCAAUACGAACGUAUUUUUAAUACAACACGUGUACCUGGUGUUGAAUCUGAUAAAAUUAUACAUUAUCAAGAUUCAAAUCAUAUUGUUGUCUAUCAUAAAGGACGAUAUUUCAAGGUUGUUAUUUAUAAAGGACGAAUUUUAACACCAUGCGAAAUUGAAUUACAGAUUCAACAAAUUUUAAAUGAUACUGUUGCACCAUGUCCUGGUGAAGAAAAAUUGGCUGCUUUAACUGCUGGUAAUCGAACACAUUGGGCUAAUACUCGACAAAAAUUCUUUAAUAAAGGAUUAAAUAAAGCUUCAUUGGAUACAAUUGAAAAAGCAGCGUUUGUUGUAGCAUUAGACGAUAUUCCUUAUGAAUUUGACAAAAAUGAUCCUAGUAAAUUAGAUAAUUAUGGAAAAAAUUUACUUCAUGGAAAAGGCUAUGAUCGUUGGUUUGAUAAAUCGUUUACAUUGUGUAUUGGAACUAAUGGCCGAAUUGGAUUUAAUGCUGAGCAUUCUUGGGCCGAUGCUGCAGUUGCAUCCCAUUUAUGGGAAUGGGUUAUGAUGGAAGAAGCAAUGCACAACCGAUAUCUUGAAGAUGGACAUACUGUCGGUGCUCCACAAUUAUCUCCACCAACACCAUUACAUUUAAAAUGGGAAAUAAACGAAGAAUGUCAAGAAGCUAUAAAUGUAUCAUUACAAGAAACAGCUGCAUUAAUUAAAGACAUCGAUUUACGAAUAUUAAUGCACACUGCUUACGGUAAAGGUUUCAUGAAAAAAUGCCGUGUCAGUCCAGAUGCAUAUAUUCAAAUGGCAUUACAAUUAGCAUAUUAUCGUGACGCUGGUAAAUUUAGUUUAACAUAUGAAGCAUCAAUGACACGAUUAUUUAGAGAAGGACGUACUGAAACUGUACGUCCAUGUACAAUUGAAUCAUCAGAAUGGGUCAAAGCAAUGCAAGAUCCAAAUUCAAAUACUGAAGAACGUAUAGAAUUAUUAAAUAAAGCAUGUUUACAACAUCAAAAAGGUUAUCAAGAUGCCAUGUGCGGUAAAGGCAUUGAUCGUCAUCUAUUUUGUUUGUAUGUAGUAUCCAAAUAUUUAGAAGUUGAUUCACCAUUUUUAAAAGAAGUAUUAAGUGAACCAUGGCGAUUGUCCACAUCACAAACGCCACAUGGACAAACUGAUAAAAUGGAUUUAAAGAAAUAUCCAAAUUGUAUAUCGGCUGGUGGUGGUUUUGGACCAGUUGCCGAUGAUGGUUAUGGUGUGUCGUAUAUUAUUGCUGGUGAAGAUAUUUUAUUCUUCCAUAUUUCAAAUAAGAUUAGCUCGCCACAAACAGAUUGUCAUCGAUUCGCUAAAAACAUUGAAAAAGCAUUAGCUGAUAUGAAAACGCUAUUUUUAGAUCACAAACGAUCGCAAGGUACUAAAUAAAUCACAAAAACUGU